AUGCCGAAUUCAAGAAGUCAAGGAUUUAUCGUCGCAGAAUUCUACGAUGGUAUUCAAGUAAUACCAAAAAUUUGGCUACAAAGUGAGGAUUUAUGUAAAUAUCCCUCGCAUUAUAAAACAGAUUUUAGAAUUCGGAAGGCAGUUGAAAAAGAGCAAGUACCAACUUCUGAUUGGACUUCCUUUAAAAUUGAUCGGAUUUUUGGCGAAUAUUCGUCUUUAUGUAAGGCCGAUGAGAAAGCCAAACAAGCACUCUAUACGUCAGAUAUGGAUACCGAUAAAGAAGCAAAUAGAAAAGCCAAUAGAAAAAAUAGAGCGAGAAAAGAUAUAUUCUCAUCCGAAAGCGAGGAAGAAUCGUCAACAGAAGUUAAUUUACCAUCUCCUCCACGUCCUCCUGCAAAACGUCAACGACUGCACGAUGAAAAUGAACCUGGAAGUUCAUCCAUUACAUGUUCUGGAGAUUCUGCGAAAAGAUACACCGAAUCAGGAAAGCUCCCAAACUCGAGUACAUCUCGAAUAGACGAUACUUCGUGCGCAAGAAACAAUAAUGCUAUAGAUCUUACAAAGGAAAAUGAAGAGAAUGUAUCGAUAAAUCAGCACGUGGAGGAAAUCGGCCUGGAGCAUUUGAAGAGAUUAACGAGAGAAAUAGCUACUGUAAAAUAUGAUAUAAGGCAAUCGCUUACCUUGUUGGAUAUUUUAGUUAAAAGGACAAAUACGGAAACCGAAGUAAGGAACACGGCGAUUUCUUUCGAAGGCGCUGAAGACCGAUUUCCGUUGCAAACUGCAGAACAAUUAAUGGAGGUGGAGGAGAUAUUGAAACACCGUGAUUCUCAACAUAAUGCUGCAAUACGCGCAUACAUCAAAUCCAUCGGAGGAACUAACGUCACUGAUGCCGUAAAGAGGACUUUGUACAAAUUAUUCUCAAAUAAAUUGGCGGAGAGAUAUAAUUGGGAAGGCCGUUGUGGAAAGGAACCAUUACGUAAUUUGGAACUAAUAAAAGUGAUUUUCAGCUGCGUACUUCAGAAUAUCCCGGAUACCGAUCACGGCAAAAUCCAGCGAAGGAUUAUGGAAUGGUUCCGACAUUCAAAGGCGAGACAUCAGAAUGAGGAGAAGCGAAAAACACAAGGUGACGUUGGAGACAACGCUCCUGCAGAGAGCAUCGACGGCGAGAAUUCAAGGCCACCGGCAAAGGAGAAGACCUUGGAGUACAGGCGACUCGGCACAGGAACCAAGGGGGUACGCACCGGGCAUGGCGAUCAGGCGACGAAGUGCGCACGAGUUGAGCACGUGGCCGCGCGCAAGGAUUUACGGGUGCCGCCAGGGACGCGGCAAGGAAGGCUGGCGCAGGAUCUGAGGCCCGCGAGGAUCAACACGGCUGGCGAUUUCCCCAGGGCCCGGGACCAUUGCCGAAAGCUGCCGGGACGAGCUGGCCAAAUUGUCCCGGAUUGA